CCAUAACAUCAUGAAGGCAUUGAUCCUCGUUGGCGGCUUCGGCACGCGUCUCCGUCCCCUCACACUCACACUCCCCAAGCCUCUCGUAGAGUUCGCCAACAAGCCCAUGAUCCUCCACCAGAUCGAGGCGCUUGUCGAGGCCGGCGUGACGGAUAUCGUGCUUGCGGUCAAUUACCGCCCGGAGGUCAUGGUCAAGGUGCUCGAAAAGGUCGAGGAGCAGUAUAACAUCAAGAUCACCUUCUCCGUCGAAUCGGAGCCAUUAGGCACCGCCGGUCCCCUCGCUCUCGCCCGCGACAUCCUGGCCAAAGACGACAGCCCCUUCUUCGUGCUCAACGCGGACGUGACAUGCGCAUACCCCUUCAAGCAGCUUGCAGAGUUCCACAAGUCGCACGGGAACGAGGGCACCAUCCUCGUCACCAAAGUCGCAGAACCUUCAAAAUACGGUGUCAUCGUUUCCCAGCCCGGGUCGACCAAGAUUGACCGCUUCGUCGAGAAGCCACAGACGUUCGUCGGGAAUCGCAUCAAUGCCGGCAUGUACAUCUUCACCCCGAAGAUCCUCGACCGGAUCGAGCUCCGUCCCACGUCGAUCGAGCAGGAGAUCUUCCCCGCCAUGGCCAAAGCUGGCGAGCUGCAUACUUUCGAGCUUGACGGGUUCUGGAUGGACGUCGGGCAACCGAAGGACUACCUUUCCGGGACCUGCCUCUACCUCACCCAUCUCACGAGCACAAAGUCCAAACUCCUCACUUACCCGGAGGGCAACUCCUACAUCUACGGCGGCAACGUACUCAUCGACCCUACGGCAGAGGUGGACCCGACCGCCCUUAUCGGGCCAAACGUCGUCAUCGGCCCUGGCGCCAAGGUCGGCAAGGGUGUGCGCCUGCAACGGUGUGUCCUCCUCGCCAACGCGCGGGUCAAGGACCAUGCCUGGGUACAGAGCUCUAUCCUCGGCUGGAACUCGACCAUCGGCAAGUGGUCAAGGGUGGAGAAUAUCACCGUCCUCGGAGACGACGUGACGAUCAAGGACGAGCUGUACGUCAAUGGCGCCUCUGUCCUCCCGCACAAAUCGAUCUCGUCCUCCAUCCCCUCGCCGACUAUUGUGAUGUAACUCCUCUACGCACAGCAAGCACGGCAGGCCGUCUUCCAGCGGAAACUAGAUACUGACAUGGACUAACCUCCCCUCCCUCGCCUCCCCUCGGACUCGGACUCUAACUCUGAUUCGUUCCCUCGUUUGCUCUACUACCUGCGUUUGUGCAUCCUACACCACGUAUACCCUUGUUACUUGCUAUCAGUAGAAAUCAAGGCAUGAUAAUCAACCUUUUU